UUAACGGGGAAGGGGCGGAGUGACAUCAGCGACUCGGCUAACCGACCGAGAGAGUGAGGAGAAAAAGCGAGGUGAUCAUGGAGGAGGACCGUGGAGAGCAGAUGAGACCUUUAUUGACCAUGCGACAUGAUGAAGAAGCUAUUGUGGAUUUGGGCAAAACAAGCACAAUUGUCAAUACAAACUUUGAGAAAGAAGAACUAGAGAGUCAUAGGGCAGUGUACAUAGGGGUUCAUGUUCCUCUUGGUAGACAAAGCCGAAGGCGACAUAAGCAUCGUGGUCAUAAGCAUCAUCAUAGAAAAAAGGGAAAAGAGAAGGAAUCUGAUAAAGAUGAUGGAAGAGAGUCUCCCUUGUAUGAUACCCCAUCUCAACGUGUCCAGUUUAUCCUGGGGAUAGAGGAUGAUGAUGAGGAGCAUAUGCCACAUGAUCUCUUUACAGAACUAGAUGAGCUUUGCUUCCGUGAUGGAGAAGAUUGUGAGUGGAAAGAAACUGCCCGAUGGUUGAAGUUUGAGGAAGAUGUGGAAGAUGGUGGGGAACGAUGGAGUAAACCCUACGUGGCUACCCUGUCUUUACACAGCCUGUUUGAGUUGAGAAGCUGUAUCCUAAAUGGGACUGUCAUGUUGGAUAUGAGAGCUAGCAGCACAGAGGAGAUAGCAGAUAUGGUACUGGACAACAUGAUAGCAUCUGAUCAGCUGGAUAAGAACAUGCGGGACAAAGUGAAGGAAGCUCUACUGAAAAAACAUCAUCACCAGAGCGAAAAGAAACUGAGCAAUCGAAUACCUAUCGUCCGCUCCUUUGCAGAUAUAGGGGAAGGCCUUUCUGCCUCCCGCCUUUCACUCCGUGCUGGCCUCUCUGCUUCAAGCCUUUCGUUAAGAGGAAGUUCUCGUUUUUCUGUUCCAUUUGGCUCCUUUAUGCCUGGUUCCAAAGGUGGAUCAUUAGCAGGUUCAAGGUGUGCAAGUCCUGUUCCCACCCCUCAAAACACACCACCCUCCACUCCAAAACUGGAGCAUCGCUAUCAGGGUCAAAGCCAGUUGCUGGUGUCUUGUGCCAGUGAGGAUAUUCCUGAUGUAAUAGUUCAUCCCCCUGAUGAAGAAUUUGAAGUGCAAGAAGGACAGGUGAAAGCACAUGAAGAAUAUGAUGAACAUAAAGCAGGACUUCUAGCAUCUCCCCAAUCUGCACCAGGUAUCUUGGAGACGAAGAGCAUUGAAAAAACAAUGGGUAAUAGUGCAAGUAGAGAAAACAGCACAGUGGACUUCAGCAAGUCUGAGUCCUGGCACUGUAAUUGUGUCACGCUUGGUAUGAGACUCAGGAGGUCAACAGUGGACAUGAAUUUCAUGAAAAAGAUUCCACCUGGUGCUGAGGCUUCCAAUGUCUUGGUGGGAGAAGUGAACUUCCUUGAGAGACCCAUCAUUGCCUUUGUUCGUCUGUCUCCUGCUAUUCUUCUUACAGGACUUACAGAAGUUCCAAUUCCAACAAGGUUUUUGUUUCUGAUGUUGGGACCAUCUGGUAAAGCACAGCAAUACCACGAAAUUGGUAGAUCAAUAGCUACCUUAAUGACAGACGAGGUUUUCCAUGAUGUUGCUUAUAAAGCAAAAGAUCGAACGGACCUGCUGGCAGGAAUAGAUGAAUUUUUAGAUCAAGUUACUGUUCUUCCACCCGGAGAGUGGGAUCCUUCAAUCCGAAUUGAGCCACCAAAAAAUGUUCCUUCACAGGAAAAACGGAAGUGCCCUCCUCCUGUUCCAAAUGGUCCACCGAUUACAAAUGGAACUACGAAUCAUGAAGAACAUCACACUGGACCAGAACUUGAGCGAACUGGAAGGCUCUUUGGUGGUUUAAUCCGUGACAUCAAAAGAAAAUCGCCGUUCUACUUGAGUGACUUCAAAGAUGCAUUUAGCUUGCAGUGCUUGGCAUCUAUUCUUUUCCUUUACUGUGCCUGUAUGUCUCCUGUCAUCACGUUUGGAGGGUUACUGGGAGAAGCUACUGAAAACAACAUAAGUGCAAUAGAAUCUCUCUUCGGGGCUUCGAUGACAGGAAUUGUGUAUUCCUUAUUUUCUGGACAGCCGCUUACAAUUUUGGGAAGUACAGGACCUGUGUUGGUGUUUGAAAAAAUAUUAUUCAAGUUGUGCAAGGAAUACGAGCUUUCGUAUCUCUCGCUUCGUGCCAGUAUUGGACUGUGGACUGCAUUGCUUUGCAUAAUGUUGGUUGCCACUGAUGCAAGUAGCCUGGUUUGCUACAUAACACGAUUCACAGAGGAGGCCUUUGCUGCUCUUAUUUGCAUUAUAUUCAUCUAUGAAGCACUGGAAAAGCUUUUUACUUUGGGAAAGAAGUUUCCAUUUAAUAUGCAGAAUAAUCCGGAAAUGCUUACACAAUACUCGUGUGCCUGUGUUGAACCAUUUAAUCCUUCUAAUAAAACCCUUGAUAGCUGGAAUCGAGAAAAUACAUCUGCAGAUAAUAUUUCAUGGAGGAACCUUACAGUUUCAAACUGUCGAAGAUACGGUGGAGUGUUUGUUGGACCAGCAUGUGGACAAAAUGGGCCCUAUGUGCCUGAUGUUCUCUUCUGGUCAAUUAUCUUAUUCUUUGCAACGUUUUUUCUCUGCUCCUUCCUGAAACAAUUCAAAACCAAACGUUAUUUCCCAACAAAGGUGAGAGCCAUUAUCAGUGAUUUUGCUGUGUUUCUUACCAUACUAAUUAUGGUAUUGAUCGACUUCCUUGUCGGAGUUCCUUCACCAAAGCUUGAAGUACCUGAUAAGUUUGAGCCCACUGGAAAACAUCGUGGUUGGUUUAUAGACCCACUUGGAGGUAACCCUUGGUGGACACUGCUUGCUGCUUUCGUACCAGCGCUGUUAUGCACUAUCCUUAUUUUCAUGGAUCAACAGAUCACUGCUGUUAUUAUUAAUAGAAAAGAGCACAAGCUGAAGAAAGGUUGUGGUUAUCACCUUGAUUUGUUGAUGGUAUCUAUUAUGCUGGGAGUGUGCUCGAUUAUGGGUCUUCCCUGGUUUGUGGCUGCCACCGUUCUCUCCAUCAGUCAUGUCAAUAGCCUAAAAGUGGAAUCAGAAUGCUCAGCACCAGGUGAACAGCCCAAAUUCCUUGGCAUUCGAGAACAGAGAGUUACCGGCUUACUGAUAUUCAUCCUGAUGGGAUUGUCUGUUUUUAUGACUUCAGUUCUGAAGUUUAUCCCAAUGCCAGUGCUUUAUGGAGUCUUCCUGUACAUGGGUGUUUCAUCUUUGAAAGGCAUUCAGUUUUUUGAUCGUAUAAAGUUGUUUGGGAUGCCUGCAAAACACCAACCUGACUUAAUCUACCUGCGUUAUGUUCCACUGUGGAAAGUUCACAUCUUCACAGUUAUUCAACUUAGCUGUCUUGUCAUUCUUUGGGUCAUCAAAACCACGGCUGCUGCAGUUGUCUUUCCCAUGAUGGUUCUUGCCCUGGUUUUUAUUCGGAAACUUUUGGACUUCUGUUUUACGAAACGAGAACUCAGCUGGUUGGAUGAUUUAAUGCCAGAGAGCAAGAAGAAGAAACUAGAAGAUAUGCAGAAAAAGAAGAAAGAAACGGAGAAAACGAAGAAUGGAUCUAAACUGCCAUGGGAAGCUCAAAGAAUGCUUGAAGUUGCAGAAAGUGGAACAGUACAACUUCCCUUAGAGGGUGGAAACAUUCUGAAGAUUCCAGUGAAAAGUAUUAAGUACAGCCCAGACGAUCCUUCUGUCGUAAACAUAUCUGAUGAAAUGGCCAAAACUGCUGUGUGGAAGGCCCUUGCUGUAAAUGCUGAGAAUGCAAAAGUUGUAAAACUUGAAGCAAGUCCUGAACAUACUACAGAAAUCAAAGUAAAUAUUGAAGAGGUGCCUCCAAGAAAUGUCCUUGAUGCUGAAACAUCUGUAUGAAGCAAGCUACAUCCUGAUUAAUCUGGAAAAACUUUCUUUUAUGAAAUCUACUACGUGAGCCACACCAAACCUCUGGAUCCUUUUCAGGAAGUGUGUUGGACCUAAUCAGUGUCUCAGUCAGAGUGAAAUUCUUCUGACCAGGGUUGUUUUACCCUUGUACUAUUCUGUCAACUGCAUUGCUAGCUACUGUUUAAAUCUUUACUUACAGGUUCAAUUAAAAUUUUUCGUGUAAAGUUAUGAAAAGUGAACAAGCAAUAAUCUAUUAGACAAGUUUUUUUUAAAUUAAAAAUCUGCUUACUGACAUUUGAAUUACUUGGUGAUGAUGGCAGAUGAUGUACUGUUUAAAGUAUUGAAAAUAGUACAUGAUGAAUGCAAGUAUACAGUCGAUACAAAAAGGUGUAAAUAUAUUGCUUAUUGACAUUCACGCACCAAUGUUGUAAGUAAUAGGUAAGAUCUUCAACCAAAGGCAGAUUUGAGCAUUUAUUUGUCAUUGAUCCUUCAGAAUUUUGUUGCUACUGGAUAACAAUGAGCUAGCAGGUGAUAACAAGUGUUGUGAUAGCAUGUGAUAGAUGAACAGAUGAGUAAAUUGGUAUAAUGUAUCUGAAGGGUGUGCAUCUAUUUACUAUACUGGUUGGUCGCUAUCCUUUUUAUUUACAAAAUGGUGCACUGGUUUUGCAAUACUGAUUUGAGACUCUCUGCAUCUGAACUGUUUACAUGUAACUUUAUUCAACAUGGUGUACUGUAGGCUUUAUUUAGCAUUGCAGUGUUAUAUGUUUUAUUUAUUUAUACUUAGACUCAAAUUUAUUGAGAAAUUUUCACACUAUAUGGAAAACAAAGAAGAUUUGGCUAAUUUUAUAAAGAUUGUUCUAGUAUUUUUCUUUGUACUUUAGAUAUGUAGAGUAACCAUUUUCUAUGGGCAGUACUGUAGUUAUAGCAUUAGAUCAGUAAUUCUAGAGCCAUCUCAGGAAAUCAAAAUCUUCCCACUGGUCCAUAUUGCCAUGCCUUGACACAGUUUGUAACGUUGUUUUGUCUUCCGGAUCAGAUGAAACUUCUAAAAAUAUUUCUUCAGAUCAGCCAUUUUCUUCCUCCAGUGAGACAAGUUCAUUUAUCUUCAGUCAAAAACAACAUGCCGGUGCAACACACACAAUUUUAUUCAUCAUUUGCAUUCAAUCAUUGCAAAAUAAUAGCCAAACAGCCAAAAUGCAGAAAUGGUUAUGUUGUGAAACAUUUUUGGUUUGUAUUCCAAUACUGAUUAUAUAGUUAAACAUAUGGCAAAUUCUGCAGAUAUUUUCAGCAGUCAACCAAUUUUCUGCUAUUUUAUUAAAUGUACAGAUUGUAAUCACUGUAACUGAAUAAUUGAGUUUGCAUAAUAUAAGGGAUGUGAAUUAUAGAAAAUUAUUUUAAUCGAGUGUCAGUUGGUGAACUGAAGUUUUCUAUUUAAUUUUUUAGGUUACUCUAAAGAAUAGUAUUGUGUUGAUACUGUUGAUCGUUAGAUGCUAAAUACAGUAUAAGAUUUUAACAGUUUGAAAAACUGGUUUCUGUCAGGGACAGUUUUGUCCCUUCUGUUUUUUUUUAAAUCUGCGGUUGAUAGUAAUUUUAUGUCUUCCUGUGUUCUGCUUAUUUAAUCACAGAACAAAUACAAUCCCUAGUAUUCAUCAAUUUUCAUAAAAUUGUCUAAGUUCAGAAAAUUAUGGUUAAAGUUUUUAUGACUAUUUCUAAGUACAGUAGUGAUUUCAUUUAUUUUUGUAAGGACACCCAAAGCAAUGUAAAAAUGUUAGUUGUCCAUGUCUUAGUUUAAAUGAUAUGUGUAUAACCCAGAUUUUGUUUUCUUUAAGGACAAUGUCCUGCCUUUAGUUGAAUAUUAGAGGAGAAUAACUAUUUUUUGUAAUGUCAUAUGUUAAUAAAAGCAAUAAAGUCUUUUAUUGUAUCAAA